AUGAGGAGUGGAGAAAUGAUUCUGAAGAGCUCAAUCUUUGUUCUUCAUUUGUUACUUCUUUUCUCUCUUACUACUUGCUUUGCCGUAGCAGGCAAACAUGAAAGGCAAUCAGAUGUUCUUCACCGUUUUUUCAAGGAAAAGUUGCAGAACAAAGCCGGGAUCAACACCGAACCAAUUUAUGUAGAGAAUGAUAUCUUUAAUAAUAUUCAUGUGGAACCUCAAGAAUGCUUGAAGGAACAAGAUAAGAUUGAAAAGCUUCCGGGACAGCCUUUCGUUAACUUCUCUCAAUAUGGAGGUUAUGUCAUUACAGACAAAUCGGCUGGUCGAGCACUUUACUACUACUUUGCUGAGGCUCUUGAAAGCAAAGAAAAACCUCUCCUUCUUUGGCUUAAUGGAGGUAUACUUUCAUCUCUGUCUUCUUAUGUUCUUAUUCCUUUUUAUUUCUUUUUGAUGAGAGAAAGAUGA